AUAUACAGUAUAUAAAAGUUUAUUUAAUUUAAUACAACAACAAAAAAUUAAUAAUUAUUUCUAGUAAUAGUGUUUAGUUUGUAGUAAAUGUUGCAAAAAAAAAGUUGUCAUCUAAUUAUCAAUAGCUACCGGUUCUCAAACAACUAACUGGACGUACAGUCAUCAUCACCCGCACCAUCACCAACACCUGUGAUGGCGACACCGACAGCACUGAUAAUACUGACGGAAGGGGCGGAAGAAAUGGAAACUUCCAUAUCGUUUGAUGUCUUGAGGAGAGCCGGUGUGGACGUCACAGUGGGCGGACUGGCCGGCGGCAAACAACCAGUAAAAUGUAGUCGCGGUCUACAUAUGGUACCCGACAUCGACGUGGCCGACAUCGGCGAUCAGGAGCUCUACGAUGCCGUGAUAUUGCCGGGCGGUUUCGGUGCCGCACCGGCACUAAUCGAAUCGGCAAUUGUUGGUCAACUACUGCGGCGACACUACCAGGCCAAUCGUAUACUCGCAGCUAUAUGUGCGGCACCUUUGGCUUUCCAGAGUCACCGGGUAGGCUACGGACGCCGAUUGACAUGUCAUCCGCUGAAAUCCGCCGGUUUAGCCGAUGACGCGAACUUCCGGUUUGUUGCCGACUCUCGGGUUGUAGUCGAUGGUCCGCUAGUGACCAGUCUAGGACCGGGUACGUCCUUUGAAUGGGCACUGGCCAUAGUCGAGAAACUAUAUGGUCCCGAAAAAGUGGCCGAACUUAGCCGACUAAUGCUUCUUAAAUAAUAAUAAUAAUAAUAUUUUUUAAAAUAAAAUUUUAGUAUAUUUUAAAUAUAUUUUUAAAAAA